AUGGCAACUAAUGAUCCUCUGCAUGUGGAUGCUGGUGGGAUGGUCAGUGAGGACAAGGGGGACACUAUCACUACUGUGGGAGGGAAGAGAGGAGUUUUUGAAAACAAGGAUAAAAUUGUGAUCAUUAUGGAGUAUGCAAGCAAGGGUGAUCUAUACGACUUCAUCAAUGAGAAGCAGAGUCUGACUGAGCAAGAAGCCCGUCAUUUCUUCAGACAGAUUGUAUCUGCCAUUCAUUACUGUCACAAGAAUGGGAUUGUGCACCGGGACCUGAAGCUGGAGAACAUCCUGCUAGAUGCCACCAGGAAUGUCAAGAUUGCUGAUUUUGGUCUCUCCAACUUAUACCACCAAGACCGAUUUCUGCAGACCUUUUGCGGCAGCCCCUUGUAUGCAUCACCAGAGAUUGUCAAUGGCCGCCCUUACAGGGGUCCUGAGGUUGACAGUUGGUCCUUGGGUGUACUACUCUAUACUUUGGUUCAUGGCACUAUGCCUUUUGAUGGGCAUGAUUACAGAAACCUAGUUAAACAAAUCACCAAUGGAGAUUACCGAGAGCCUACCAAACCUUCAGAUGCGUGUGGUCUUAUUCGUUGGCUGUUGAUGGUAAAUCCAGACCGCCGAGCUACCAUUGAAGAUGUUGCUAAUCAUUGGUGGGUGAACUGGGGCUACAAGACCCCCAUCUGCGAGAUGGAGUCAGUGAAAGACUAUGAAACGCCAGUGACUAUCACUUCUGACUGGCUGCACCGAUCAUCUCGCAUUGUCUUUGAAAGCGGCUCGAAGGUACGUUGCUUCUUCAAGCAGCACAGCUCGCCACUGGAGCGGCAGAGAUCCCUCAAGAAAUCGAAGAAGGAGAACGACAUCUCGCAGUCGCUGCAGGAGGGGGCAGCUUCUGAAAGUCAGGGCAAGUCGUUGUUGAAGAGACCGAAAGGAAUACUGAAGAAAAGGAACAAUUAUGAACAUCGGUCACACAGUGCGGGCAAUGUCAAUCAUCCUAUACCUUCAGAGGAGACUGUCUUCACUCCAAAAGACUCGAGCACAUCAGCAGUGGAAUCCAAUAGCCAACAGCCCAACACUGCAGUCCCUGCACCAAAGAAAGGAAUACUGAAGAAGCCUGUCAAGAGAGAAUCUGGUUAUUAUUCUUCACCAGAGCCAAGUGAGUCAGCAGACCUGCUGGACUAUGAGAAUUCCCCAGUCUUUGAGGUGGGGAGUUUUGACACCAGCCAUUCCAUUGGCGAUCGCUCCAAAGAGACAACCUGCAGGCGCAAAGGCAUCCUCAAACGCAACGGCAAGUUCUCCUCCAGCAGCACCGACUCUGCAAUGGGAAGUCCCACCCUGAAGAGCUUGGGCUCCUUCAACGAGUUGGCCUUCUCUGACAUCAGGCUGUCGUCGAAUCGGAGCUACCCGUCCAGUGCGGUAAGCGAGGACAGCAUCCUCUCCUCGGAGUCCUUUGACCGGCUUGACCUUCCUGAAGGCCGGCAGGAGCGCACCCAGAUGCGGAGCUGUGUCUCCGCCGACGACCUGCUCCACCUGGACGGAUCGGAGUCAGACUGCAGGCCGCGCCUUCGGAAAAUGAAGUGCUUCACAGAGUUGGGUGACAGCAACUUCUCCCUCAUGGACCUUGAUCAUGUGACUGAGGUAUACAAAAAGGCUGUGGCAGUUUGCAAUAAGCUCGUCUGAGUGCCUCUGUUAUACCUGUGCCUUAAUGAUGGUUCAUUUAUAAAUGGUUGAUGUCAAAGCCCAAGUGCUGAGAGAAGGAAGAUGAACACCUCUUUGAAAAAAGAGGAAGAAGCAGAGAAUAUAGGACAAAUUGAGAGUGCAGAAUGUAGAACAGAGCCAAGGCAUAGUGCAAGGAAUCACUUGUUACUUCAUUAAUCUAAAUGUUUCACCUCCAGAGUAGAUGGAAAUUGUUUAAUAUCAAGCUGAGAUCCUGAAUGAAAAACCUCUGGGGUGACUCAGAAACUGCACUAUGAACACUGAAAUAAACAGUGAAAGAGGGGAAAAUAGUGAUGAUCAUGUGAAGCAGAUUGAGUAAAACAAGAGAUAAAGGUAGGAAAUAAUGGUAUGAGGAUAAGGAAAAGAUGAGUGAUCCUUUUUUUCCCCUCCUACUUUUCUUUUGAGGAAAAGAAAAUGUGCUGAUGAAUGUGGGGUUGGUGGAGGCAGAGACUAGAGAACUUUUACAACGUUCAGUUUAACAAGAACCACCAUUCAGAUUGUCUGUACUGAAACUUGGGUCACAUUAGUCUGUGAUCUUGUUGGACAAUGAAUCAUCAAGUCCAUUCCACAGUGCUCUGGACUGUUCAAUUGUUGCCUGCGUCGUUGGUCAAAUAAUGAGUACAAUUGUGCACCAAUAUAGCAGUCUCUGUCAAAAAGGAAAGGUGCAUAAGAAAAUUGGACAGUUGCACGAAACUGAACUGAGUUUACUAUUUAUGUGACAAACAUAUAUGUGUAUAUAUAUAGCCUGUUAAUUUAUUUUUCCCUCUGCCUCAGACCUUUUGGUUAUAUGUAAAUAAGUGAAUGCGGAACAAGUUUAAUAUUAAUAACGUUUUUUUCUACUGCUCAAUUAAUAGUGAUUAUGACCAUAAUUCUGAGUACAGUCUUUAAUUUUCAAUGGAAACAAGUUGUUUAGAGAAAAAGAAUAAUGUGUGUUACACUGGGAAGAGCUGAUGCCGUUAUACAUACCUUUUGCUGUCUUCUAAGUGCUUUUAGAUACAAUCAGAAUACUGAAAGUUCAUUUCUUCACUACCUAAAUAUAUCAUUCUAAGAUUGAAUGUUGCAAAUGUUGUCAUUUCCAUAUCAUUCGUUAUGCAAGGUAUAUUUUUAUGUACUAAUUCAUGAUGUUGCAUGCCUUUCUGAACGAAUGUAUUUGUGAGGGGUGACAUUUUCUUUCUGAAUGAGUACUUGAAUCCUAUUUGGGAGUGCCCAGACUCAGCGUAAUGAGUUAAAAUCCUUCAUGUUUCAUGAAGGCUAUGAAAUGGUCUGUCCUGUGAAUAUUUGCAAGGUGGAGAGUUUUUACAGGAAAACAGGCAGGAGUUUGAAAAUGUGCCCAUUACUAAGUGGGGACAAUUGGAUUUUUUUACCACAUGGGCUUUAACCAACAUUGACCAGCAUGUGACUGUAGAAAGGGAAUGUUGAAAUCUCGAUUUGAAAUCUGUCAAGAAUUACUUUUUGUUUUGAAGAUUUGUGUAAUGGGGAAAUAUUGGUUUUGGAUUUAAUUUGCCACUUGCAUUUGUAUACAAGGGGGUAUAAUCUUAUUCAACACGUUUGGCUACCAGAAGUGGCCAGGACGGCAAUAUCUUGAACCCUAGUGAAUGGGUUUUCUGCUGGUUGGGAGCUGAAGGGAAGAUACAGUCUAAGGAGACUUGGAGAACAGAGUUUAGAUUGAAGGGAGUGAAGCAAAUUGAAAUGUUAUCAAGCUGGGCUUUUAUUAGGAACAUUGGCCCCCAUUCUGUUCAGUUGAGGCUGAUCUGUAUUCUAACUCUACUUAAUCAAUUACCUAUCUUAAUUCCAUAUAUUUGAUACUACUUUUGAAACAUACAUUUAUCAACCUCUUAUGAAAUUGUCAAUUUUCUCCCUUCCUAAUUUUGGUUUGGAGAGACUGUUGCAGCCUUGCAAAAUUUGGGAAACAGUGCCCCUCCACAUCACCAUAGAAUAGUUGAGCUCUAAAUCUGGAGUUAUGUUUCAUUGUUCUGGACAUUCCCGCCAGCGGAAAUAGUUUCCCUGAUUCCUGCCUGUCCACUCCUCAAAUUGUCUGCUAAAUAUCUCGACUAGAUCGGCCCUUAAUCCUCUAUCCACAAGUGAAUAUACUUGGAAGUGGUUCCUUUGGUCUGCUCCUGAAUUAGCUGACCAGAGCUUGGGACAGUGUUUGUGGUUUGCUACAACUGGCUUCAGGGUUUGUAAAGGCAAGAAACUAGCAAAGUUCCCACUUUCUCUCACAGGCUAUUGACUUCCCUACUACUACAGCAGCCCUUGUUAGUUGGUGUGAUAAGAUCAGAUUUGGCUGCAAACUUCCAAUGUUCAAUGUCUAGGUUCAGGCUUUCAAAAAAUGCAGUCAAAUGAAAGGAUUAGAACAUUUGUGGUGGAGUUACAGAAUAUGAUGCCAAUUACACCAAUAUUUCCCCACUCUCUGCACAAUCUGAAAGAACCAGACUAGUUUAAAGCCAGUUUCAGGAGCUGAAACUUGGGGUUACAGCAGUCUGUGAUCUUCUUGCCUAUCUGCUGUGGAUUACAUGCUUUUCACAUGUGUUCCUUAAGUUACUGAGUAAUUUGUAUCAAACAGAAUGUUAGACCGAAGAAAUCUGUGAUUUGUUUUGUUGUAAAUUCUUAAUUUAUUUUUUCCUGUGAAUUUCUUUUUUUUUAGAUGGUUAAAAUGCAUUUGUCACAGAAUAAAAAUAAAAAUCUACCU